AAGAAGAAGAGAUGGAAAGAAGUCAAAGCAUGUGGUUUAGACUAAGAUAUUGAUGGUGGAAGGCGUCAGGCGUGUCGUGCAAAUGGGGUUGGGAGUCAAACAAAGACGCGUGAAUUGGGAUGGGAGUCAAAACUCUGUGUUUACUUAUAUCAUUACAUUAACAUUGCCGGAGAAGAUGGAUUAUAAGCCGUGAGACUGACUGAGGCCACAUUGCCGGAGAAAAUCAUGAUGAAAUUGAAGAUUUUUACGAUAUGGGUAGUUUUCCAAAUCCAAAUCCAAUGGAACCAAGCCCAGCAAAGCUACGUAAACAACAAACAACUCGAUUGUUACAACCACUUCAACACCACCGACGGCUUCGUCUGCAACGGCGUCUCCCCUACCUGCCUCUCUUACCUCACCUUCCGAUCCAUCCCUCCCUACAACUCUCCAUCCUCCAUCGCCUUCCUUCUCGGCUCAGACACCGUCCACAUCGCCAAAGCCAACAACAUCUCCGAUGUCGACACCAUCCCCACCAACAACCUCGUCAUCGUCCCCGUUAAUUGCUCUUGCACCGCCGGAGAUGAUUCCUCUUACUACCAACAUAACGCCUCCUAUAUACUCAAGUUACGCUCUGAGACUUACUUUAGCGUUGCCAACAAUACCUACCAGGGUCUCACCACCUGUCAAUCUCUUAUAGCCCAGAACUCAGUCGGAAUCUUUAACCUCUCCGUUGGUCUCACUCUCCAGAUCCCUCUUAGGUGUGCUUGCCCAACUCGUUCCCAGACCUCCUCUGCUGUAAAGUACCUUCUUCUUUAUCUCGUCACAUGGCACGAUAGCUAUUCCACCAUUGCAGCUCGCUUCGGCGUAAAAGCAGAGUCUUUGCUCGAUGCAAACCGCCUCUCUUCCUCAGAUAACAUAUACCCAUUUACGCCCCUUAUCGUCCCUCUGACCACCGAGCCUUCCCUAACAGAACCAGCCUCACCACCGCCUCCACCUCCACCUCCGGCGCAACCUCCAAUAUCUCCAAAUCACAAUUCUUCAAACAAAUGGAUUGUUGUGGGUGCUGCCAUUGGAGCUGCUUUACUCUUCUUUGCAGCCAUCGCCUUCUUCUUCUUCUUCAUCCAACGUCGCCGCCGCCACCACAGCAACACUCAAAAGCCAAAGGAGCUUUCGUCAUCGUUGCCGCCGUCUAUGAAGGUUUGCUCCAAUUCCUACUCUACUGUUCCGGGAACAUCUUCCUCUUCUUGGUCGACUGUUUCAAAUCAAGGGGCACUGCGUUCGGCGGCGGAUUCCUUAACCAUUUACAAGCUUGAAGAGCUGCAAAAAGCUACCGACUUUUUCAGUGAAAAGAACAAGAUCAGAGGGUCCGUUUACAGGGGAAGCUUCAACGGUGACGAGGCUGCCAUUAAAGUGAUGAAAGGGGACGUCUCCGGCGAGAUCAACAUAUUGAAGCGCAUUAACCACUUGAAUAUAAUCAGGCUGUCGGGUCUGUGUGUGAGCGGAGGUAACAGCUACCUGGUGUACGAGUACGCCCAAAAUGGCUCUCUCAGCGAUUGGCUGCAACAACACAACAACAACAACAAUAAUACACUAUCUUGGAAGCAAAGAGUGGAGAUUGCUUACGAUGUGGCUGAUGCUAUCAACUACUUACACAACUUUGCCAACCCUCCUUACAUCCACAAGAACUUGAAGACCAGCAACAUCGUCUUGGAUGAGACCAUGAAAGCUAAAGUUACAAACUUUGGGUUAGCAAGAGUGGUGGAGAAUGAUGAGGAGGAACACAACCAACCCCACUUGACCAGACAUGUGGUUGGAACACAGGGCUACAUGGCACCCGAGUACAUUGAGAGCGGCUUAGUCACUUCAAAGCUUGAUGUUUUCGCAUAUGGGGUCGUUCUAUUAGAGAUCUUAUCCGGCAGAGCAGUUGCAGCUGCAGGCGAUGGUGGUGGUGGUGAGAAAGGGGAGGAGUUGGUUUCCGAAUGGGUGAUAAGAAAUGUGUUGGAUGGAGACAACGUGAGGGAGAAGCUUCGAGAGUUCAUGGAUGCUGCAUUGAAGCGCGAGUACCCCUUGGACUUGGCCUUCACCAUGGCUCAGUUGGCUAAGGCAUGUGUGGCUCGAGACCUUAAUUCUCGCCCUGCAAUCACUGAGGUUCUCAUGACACUGUCCAAGAUUCGUUCCUCUACUCGGGACUGGGAUCCCUCAGACGAGCUCCAACACUCCAGCUCCAGGUCCUUUAGCCAUUGGUAGAUACUAGAUACUAGCUUAUUAAGCUAUCUUCAUAUUCAUUUUCUCAGUCUACUUAUACCAUUGAUGAUGAGUUGAGUUAAGCAAAAGUUUAUGUAAAACACGACUAGAUAUGUUAAUAUAAUAUAACUAAGUUAUUAGUUAAA